AUGCUGAGUGAGCUGGAUGAAAUGUCGUAUUUGGCUGCUUCUCUCUCGAAAGAUGCGAAGCGCGUGGUAGACGUGAUCGAGAUCACUGCUGAUAAUUAUUCCGUUGCAUGGGAGCUGCUUGAAAGACGGUAUGAGAAUAAAUAUGUCCUUGUUAAAUCAUACAUUGAGGCUCUCUUUGCUGUUGAAUCCAUAAAAAAAGAAUGCGCGGAAUCCCUUAACCGGCUGACCGAUGAUUUUGAGCGUAAUUUAAAAAUGUUGCAGAAGGUUGGUGAAAAUCCCGAAAAUUGGAGCACGAUUUUAGUGUUUAUGAUGAGUUCACGGUUGGAUCCUGCAACCUUGCGCCAUUGGGAAACCCAUCGCAAAUCAUCAAACGUUCCAACGUAUACUGAACUUGUUGAGUUCUUACGUUCCCUUCGUCUCGUUUUACAGUCGAUAGCCGGACUCAAACCCAGAUCGUUAGAUUCUUCUCGCACUUUACAACGUACAAAUUUCCAAGCGACCAAGCAAGCUACGAUGCAUUCGGCCGUUACUUCGAAAAAUACGUGCAUAUUUUGUAACAAACCCACACAUUCCCCGUACCAAUGUGAACAUUUUCGGAAACUGACUCCCUUGCAGAGAUUUGAUGAAGCAAAAAGAAACAAGCUUUGCAUCAAUUGUCUUGCCUCAUCCUCGCAUGUCGCUAACUCCUGCACUGGUGGAAGCUGUCGCGUAUGCCACCAAAAGCAUCAUACUAUGCUGCAUCGUCAAACCACUACAAUAAUUACUAAUAAAUCGAGCCAGCCUGAAUCAUCGUUGUCGUUAGCGCCCACCGAGUCUCAGCAGAUGUCAUCAUCUAUUCCGCCUAAGCAAUCGUCGAAUGUUCCAUCUACCCAGCAGUUUCAGCCGCAUGUAUCUUUAAGUCCACCGGUCACUGCCCCGUCGACUAGCCACUGUUCGUCACUGAUUAAGCAAACUUACCAAUCAGUUCCAGCUGCGGUGCUACUGUCUACCGCUCUUGUAAAGGUUUUUGGUACAACUAGUAAUUUCGUGUGGGCACGAGCUCUCCUGGAUUCCGGUUCCGAGUUGAAUUUUGUUUCGGAACGACUAGUUCAAAUGCUGCAUCUGCAACGUACCAAAGAAUUUGUUCCGGUCAGCGGCAUCGGCGCUUCAGCCACUUCGUCGAAAUAUUCCAUCCAUAUUCGCGUCCAAUCCCAGUAUAAUAAUUUUGAGGACAACUGGAAAUUCCAUUUGGAGUUGCCGCCUGAUACUGUGUUAGCCGAUCCUUCGUUUUACAAACCAGGUCAUAUCGACCUGAUUCUUGGUGUGCAAGCUUUCUACGAGCUUCUACGUGACGGUCGGAUCAAAAUAGGUGAUGCUGGACCAGUAUUGCAAAACAUUGCUCUUGAUUGGGUGAUUUCAGGGAGGGUUAAGCUAGAAAACCUACAUUCAGCGGUCGCCAACGUGGCUCAUGUAGGGCAGUCAGCCUCGAUCGAGGAGUUGAAUUUGAAUCCUGCCGUAUCCAGAGCACCCAACCAAUUGAAGAAGCAGAGUGCGAAAAAUACUUCGAUAAAACGGUCACCAGAGAUUCGUCGGCUUGGGAGUUCCAGAGACAUUGCUGAUCGCCGAUUCUAUUCGUUAGAACGUCGCUUAAAUGCAAAUCCUGCGCUAAAGAAAGCCUACUCAGCGUUCAUUCACGAGUACAUAAAUCUAGGCCACAUGAAACUAAUCGAUGAUUCAACGGCCAACCCAUCCGAACCAUCUUACUAUCUUCCUCAUCAUUGUAUCGUUAGACCAGAUAGUACCACCACCAAAUUGCGCGUGGUGUUCGACGCAUCAUGCGCCACGGAUUCUAGAAUAGCGCUCAACGAUGCGCUAAUCGUUGGCCCAGUCAUACAAGAUGACCUGUUAUGCCACAUAUUGAGAUUUAGGAUGCCAAAAUUCGACCUAACCGCCGACAUCGAGAAGAUGUACCGGCAAAUAAGGGUUUGCGAAGCUGAUCAACCUCUUCAGAGAAUUAGAUGGAGAGACAACCCAUUCGAACCGGUUAAAAGCUAUCAACUGAUGACAGUAACGUACGGUACAUCAUCCGCUCCAUACCUUGCAACUAAAUGUUUGCAGAGACUCUCGCGGGAUAGAACAGAAAAUUUCCCGCUCGCAUCGAUUGUCGUUCGUCGUGAUUUCUAUAUGGAUGACUUGCUUACGGGAACUAAUAGUGCCCAAGAAGGUCAACAACUCUGUCAGGAAUUGCUUGCUAUAACCAAAUCUGCAGGCUUUGUCCUUCGCAAGUGGGCGUCAAACAAUCUCGCGAUUAUUCGGGAUGUACCUGUAGAACUGAAAGACGAACGCACACUACUAAAAUUGGACCCUUCACCGAUCAAAACCCUGGGACUACAGUGGGAAACCGUCACCGAUGAAUUUAAAUUCGAGGUUCCAAAGCAUAGUGAUCGACUACCGAUUACGAAACGAAUGGUCUACUCUGAUAUCGCACGCCUAUUCGAUCCCCUAGGACUGAUUCGGAAAUUUGUCUUCACUGGUUUACGUCGAACCCGUCACGAUGGAAAACGUUUGUGGCAAAUCGGUGCUCCGAAAUACAACGAAUCACUGUGGUAG